AUGAUUGCGGAGCACAAACCGUGGGACGAAGUUCCUUACACCAUUCAAUCAGAAGCACGAAGAAUAUACGAGACUAUUGUCUCGGACCCUCGCCUUAACCUUCCAGAAGAAGUGAAAAGAUUGGAAGAUAAGAUUCAAUUUACUGGUGAUGAAUCAGACGCUUUCUUCCCUGUUCCGUUCAAAGCAGCAGAAUCUCAAGCUGGGUUGCUUGGCUAUAUUGGCCUUUUGGCCCUUGCCAUCUCUAAAGACCGGUAUGGCAUUGAGCAAGAAUGUCAAAUUGAUGUCGCCCAGGCUUUACUCAAUGGGCUUGGUGCCCUUUUUAUUCGCCAUGAGGGAGAAUGGUUGUCCGGCAGUCCGAAAAUGAUGGCUGCAGUCCAACGAUGGGAUCACGGUAUGACCCGGGAACUUUACCGGCAACUGGCAACGAACAUCUAUAUGUCGAAAGACGGUCGCUGGUAUUCUCUCCACGGCAACAUGAAUCCCACGCCUCUGCUGGAGAUGCUCAAUCUUCCACAACACAACGAGAAGAACCUAACAUGGCCAGAAAUAAUCGAAAUGUACAGCAACGUGGUCGGAGAUAUCCACUCUCAAGUCCUGGACAACUGGAGUAACAACGUGUAUCGAACCCCCGGCACUUUGUGUCUUGAGAAGGACGAGUUCGAAAGUACCCCUCAGGGCAGAGCGAUCAAGGACGAACCUUACUACAAUCUGAUCGCGCAGCAGCACUAUACUCAACCUGUAGUGUCCUGGGACGGCGUUCAUUUUGACCCAGCCGAUCGUCGGCCGCUUUCUGGAAUCAAAGUACUGGAUCUCUCACGCGCUAUUGCCGCACCCACCAUUGGCCGAGUCUGCGCAGCCUUGGGCGCAACAGUGAUCCGGGUGUCGUGCUCAAAGAACACUGAACUUCCCAUCACACUCAUUGACGGCUGUAUCGGCAAGACUAGCGUCGACAUAGACCUCAAGUCCUUCGAGGGGAGGAAGAAACUGCUCGAGCUGAUUGAAGAGGCUGAUGUCUUCAUCGACGGCUAUCGUCCUGCUGUCAUGGAACACCUCGGAUUCGGUCGCGAUGCCGUCCUGGGCCUGGUAGCGAGCCGAGACAGAGGCCUAGUUUAUUGCCAGGAAAAUUGCUACGGCUGGAAAGGCCCUUGGACCACGAGACCCGGCUGGGCACAGAUUGCUGAUACCGUUUGCGGCAUCGGCCUAGACAUUGGCCGUUUCCAUGGAUAUGAUGAACCGCACAUCUUCCCUGGCCCCAAUGCCGACUAUCUAACGGGCCACGCCGGUGCCGCCGGCGUGUUACACGGACUAUACCUUCGAAGCCGGCAAGGAGGGUCAUACGUGGUCCAAUGCUCACUUGUCGUUUCCAAUAUGCAAAUGCAGUCAUAUGGCAAGUAUACGGAAGAGCAACAGGCGGCACUCAAGGCGCGUAACAGAGACUUGAUUGGCAAAAUACGUCACUACGACGAGAUUGUCAGUCACGGGAGGAAUCAAAACGUGAUCAGAGGGUUUAUUGCCGACAGGGGGUUUGACAAAGCCAUCAAACAUGAAUACUACCAGAAGGUCGAUGGAAGCCAAUAUUCCACUAUAGGUGGUGUUAGCAGCUAUAUCAGCGAGAGCCAACCGGACUCGUACGCCAGCAAAGGAAUUCUGCUACUGCUGCCUGACGGAUUCGGCCUGGCGAAGCACAAUCUGAUUCUCGCAGAUAACUUUGCGAAGGAAGGAUGGCGAGUGAUCAUCCCCGACUAUUUCGAAAGCGACCCGCUGCCCAUCCAGUUCCUCAAGCAAGAUCCCUCUCUAUCAAUCAAUGAGCAACCAUGGCCUGAAGAAGAAAAGCAAAUCUUGAGGGAUCUUGACUUCCCAGCCUGGCUUCGACGUCAUAAUCACACGAAAGUUUCUUCUCUUCUCGAGGGACUGACCAGCCGAAUUUCAAGCCAGCACCCUGAUACCGCAAUUGUGGGCGUAGGAUAUUGCUUUGGGGGCAAGCAUGUGCUGAGACUGAGCAAGAAUGUGCUGAAAGCAGCGGCUUGCUUUCACCCCAGCUUCGUGGAAGCCGAGGACAUGAAUGGCAUUCGGGCACCUCUCUACAUCGGACUCGCAGAGAAGGACGACAUGGUCCCUGCUUCACUACCCGAAGACCUCCGUCGCUGGGCACGCAGCGGAAUGAAACCCGGUGUGCCCUUUAAGAUGGAAAGCUUUCCUCACAUGGGGCAUGGGUUCGCCGCUCGGCCUGAUACUGAGGACGCGAGUGUUCGUGCUCAAUACCAGAGGGCAUUCCAGAGGACACUUGAACAUUUUAUUAAGUUUGCUUCAGAUUGA